UUUUUUUUUUUUUUUGAUACUUCCAUAUGGAGAUUAGCCAAUGAAGUUAUUAAAUGAGACUUUAUACUCAUUGGUAUACAAUAUAAAUGUUUUUGGAUAUCUAGCCCGUUAUACUUGUAUUGUCUGUUUUAAUUGUUGUUUUUUCCUCAUCAACUCUCAUAUGAGCAUUGUGUUAUGUGUGUCCUCCUUUACCUUUUGUGACCAAACAACUUAAAAUGGUGAUAAGAACCUGUUGCUGCUGAUAAUCUGCUGGACCUGGGAAGUUGCUGAUCAACUGGAAGACUAGAAAAAUGUAUGAUAAUGCAAUGUAGAAGGCAGAUUAUUGUAGAACAAUAGAUUUUAUUUUGAAUAUAUUGAACAUAAUUUUGUAUUGACAGAGUAACAGAAAUGAAAUGACAAUUCCAGGCUAUUCGAGAUACCUUGGUUCUCUGACUCUCCACUCUUUUCUCAACUAAUCACCUGAAUGAGUAAUUCCCAUAUCCCUCCUCUUCACAUUUAUAGACCUUCCCUCCAUGGCACUAUUAGUUAUUUCAUUCUACUAACUGAUUAGUGAAACAUUCUAGAAGAGUAGCUGACGUGGCUGCAGCUAUGUUGGUGUUACUGAACCGGAUUGGAGUCUAUCAUUACCCAUCGCAAGGUGGAAGUUGUUGGAUUGGUCAGUUCAUCAUGCAACUACACCAUUUUCCUGACAAGCACUCCUAUAGUGGUCCCACGGAAAAGGAACGUUUCAACCCUUUGAAAUGGACGGGCUUACUUAAUCGAGCAAUUAUCACAAGUAUUUUAUCCAAGGCAACUCCAUAGCUCCUUGGCCCUAUCCACAAAGAGUCCCAGUUUUGAACCUGACCAUCCAUGAAAAAAAUUGUAGCUGAUUGGACCCCUUUUCACUGCCACUGUUGAAUGCCUUCCUGUGGCUGCUGUAGAUUUUUGAGUUGUGGUGGGCUUUUGGUGGAUGGAGUAAAUUUUCUGGAGAUAAUUGUAGUGAUGGUUGGGAUUUAAGUUUGGGCUCAGUUGAUUAAAGAAGCCGCGUCUGAGAGGACUAAUGCUGUGUAGGCUGGGCCUUAUGUUUGGGUUAUGGAUAUUACUUCUAAUUCUAUAUGGAUUUGGUCAUUUAGGCUUGGGUUAUAAGUAUUAAGUUUAGGUGGGCCAUAAUUGAGUUAGGCUUGCUUCCUUGUAUUCCAGUCUUUAACCCUUUGGGCCAAACCUGGUUCAACAUUUUAACCUUAGCCCCUAUCAUGGAUUUCAGCCCACUCACCAAAUCACGCUCCAAUCCCUCUUCCGGUGACGACGACAUGGGAGCUGCUAUGAUUUCGAACAUCCUCCGGUCCUCCUUGCUAUUCUGGUCGCUUGUUGUGGCUUUAAUUUCCUCAUGUUUAGGUGGAGUUUCAAAGGCUUUUGCUCACGGAACAUUCUUCUCUCAGUCCUCUUCGCAGACUCAUGGGCUUGAAGCUUUUAAUCAAAAUUCAUAUGUGGCAAUUCUAUCGCCACGGUAUCUCCUUAUUGUCUACAUGCUGGAAAUUCCUCAAUCAUGGAGCCUCCCUACAAAAUUGAUCCCGCAUCACACACUUCAAUUUAUCCCAAGUUCGCACAGGCUAACAUUGAUACAUCUGCUGGGACCAAUCCUAUGCUUCACCGUCAAAACACGCUGUAGCAGCUUCUAUCUUCUCUGCUUCCGAUAACUAAUUUUUAGAGAAAAUCUCCUCAGCUCUCAAAAACCACCACUCGGUAUUAUCACCGUGGAAGAUGGAGAUUAUGAGUCGCCCUUGUGAAUCCAAUCGUAACUCCUCUUCUCGGUCUCUCUCUUCCGGUAACCUUAUCAUCUUUUCCAAUCGUUUCAUUAUCGAGCCCCAACUCUCGUCCAUUUCCUUGCUGAAAUAUGUUGCCAUUGCCCCUGAGAUUGAUGCUUUGAUACCACUUGAUAAGAACCUGUUGCUGCUGACAAUUUGCUGGACCUGGGAAGUUGUCUAUCAACUUGAAGACUAGAAAAAUGUAUGAUUAUGAAAUUUUGAAGGCAGAUUAUUGUAGAACAAUAUAUUUGAGCUUGAAUAAAUUGAACAUAAUUUUGUAUUGA